AUGCAAGGAUAUGAGAAGUGGAUUUAUCACGGGGAGCCUGAGGAUGCCGUCGAUGAUGUAGCAGUUGCCGAUGUUGAAUCAGAGGAUGAAACGAUUCCUAUUCUAGAAGACUUCUUUCCCUCGACAACUGAGGAACGACAAGGAGAAGAUGAACAACCAACCACAAACCCACAAUUUGAUGACUUAUUUGAGGAAAUUGAAGCUGAAUUGUAUCCCGGUUGUGAUUGGAUUUCGUCUCUUAACUUUUUAGCAAAGCUAUUGCAUUUAAAAGUUAGGGGAAAAAUUCCUAAUAACAUCUUUGAAGAAUUAUUGAAGCUUUUAAAGUUUGCGUUUCCGAAGGAAAAUAAUAUUCCAUCAACUUACUACGAGGCAAAAAAGAGAUUGAAGAAAUUAGGCUUGGGUUAUGAUUCUAUCCAUGUCUGUUUGUAUAAUUGUUGCUUAUUUUAUAAGGAGAAUGCAUCCAAGGAGGCUUGUCCAGUUUGCGGAACUAGUCGUUGGGUUACUUCCGAGAACGGCAAAGGAAAAAAAGUUCCUUGCAAAGUCAUGCGAUACUUUCCGUUGACACCUCGGCUUAAAAGAUUAUAUAGUUCGAGGAUUACAGCGAAAAGCAUGAUAUGGCAUCAUACUGGAAAAUCAAAAGAUGAUGGGGUGUUGCGACACCCGGUCGAUGGUCUCGCUUGGAAAGACUUUGAUGCAAAACAUCCCGAGUUUGCAAGAGACCCAAGAAAUGUUCGACUGGGGUUAGCUGCUGAUGGAUUUAAUCCAUUUGGCAACAUGAGUCUUGCAUACAGCAUGUGGCCAGUGGUGUUGGCUAAUUAUAAUCUACCACCUUGGUUAUGUAUGAAAGAUAAUUAUUUUUUGCUAUAUACCCUUAUUCCUGGUGCAAAAUCUCUGGGUAAAGACAUGGAUAUAUUUUUAAGACCGUUGGUGGAUGAAUUAAAGGAGUUGUGGAAUAAUGGGGUACCAACGAGAGAUAGUUCGACCAACUCGAUGUUCACCAUGCAUGCUGCGCUUUUGUGGACAGUGAAUGAUUUUCCUACUCGUAGUAGCUUGUCUGGGUGGAGUGGUCAAGGUUAUAAAGCUUGCCCUACUUGUAAUGAAGACACGACGUCCAUUCGAGUGAUCGGGAAGACUGUUGGAAUUGAAAGAAGACCUCCUCCAAGACGAUUUACUUGUGAAGAGAUAUUAUCACAAGUUAAUACUCUCGAACCCCAAAUUCCCGAACAUCAUGAAAAUUUUGGGGGUGUGAAACGUAGAAGAGUUGCAGAAACUUGUAAUUGGAGGAAAAAAAGUAUUUUCAACGAGUUGGAGUAUUGGAGCACGAAUAUUUUAAAACACAACAUUGAUGUCAUGCAUGUUGAGAAGAAUGUGUGUGAUAGUCUCCUAGGAACCAUCUUGGAUAAUGAUAAAUCAAAGGACACAACCAAUGCGCGACAUGAUUUGAAGAAGAUGGGUAUUAGGGAAUCGUUGUGGAUUUAUGAAGAUGGGAAUGGGAGGCUAAUGAAACCGCAUGCUCCUCAUGUUUUGACUCGUGAGAAAAGACAACUUUUUUGUCAGUUUGUUAAAGGAAUAAAGUUUCCCGAUGGCUUCUGUUCAAAUUUAAAAAGCAAAGUUUCUCCAGAUGAGUCUAACAUUAUUGGGUUAAAAUCCCACGAUUGUCAUGUCAUUAUGCAGCGAGUACUAGCGGUUGGUGUCCGUAAAUUUCUACCUCGUGACACUGCAACAACUAUUACUCGACCGUCUUUUUUUGACAUAAUGAUACACUUGGUAUUGCAUUUGCCUGAAGAAGCGAUAUUGGGUGGCCCGGUCUUUAUGAGAUGGAUGUAUCCUUUUGAAAGGUACAUGAAAAAAUUGAAGAAUUAUGUGGGAAAUAAGGCACGGCCUGAAGGGUCAAUUGCAGAAGGUUAUGUUGCUGAUGAGGCAGUAACCUUUUGUUCAAUGUACUUUAAAGGGUGUGAAACAAGAUUUAAUCGGCUUGAUCGAAAUGAAGAUGCGCCUUCUGUGUGUCGCUAUCUCUCAGUUUUUAAUUCUCAAUCUCGUCCUUUAACUAGCGGAAUUAUCAAGCCUCUUGAUCAUAUCGGUCGUGAAAAAGCUGAGUGGUACAUUCUUCAAAAUUCUCCUGAAAUCCAAGCUUACUUAGAGUAA